AUAUGAAUGGACCUGCUCUUAGUUUAUUAUUUAAAACAACCAAUACAAAUAUCGAAAGUGUAGCCCUCGAACAGGAAAUAUGUACGGCGAGUGACGUCACACCUCGAUGUCGGCGCACACAAACAAUCUCCAGUGCAGCAGGUCCUCCUGAGUGUGUGGAAUGGCAAUCUCUAUUGCGAUCCUAGACUGUGACCUGCUGCUGCAUGGCCGGGGGCACAAAACACUUGAUCGAUUCGAUAUCGAGACGGUGUCCGAUGAAUUUCUGAUGACAACAUUCGGCUUCCCACGUGAGUUCAUUUAUUACCUAGUGGAACUGCUAAAGGACAGCUUGUUGAGACGGACACAGAGAUCCAGAGCCAUCAGCCCAGAUGUCCAGAUACUCGCUGCCCUGGGAUUCUACACCACCGGGUCUUUCCAGAGCAAGAUGGGAGACGCGAUCGGCAUCAGCCAGGCCUCCAUGAGCCGUUGUGUUUCUAACGUCACUAAAGCUCUGAUUGAGAAAGCACCCGAGUUUAUUGGCUUCACUAGGGAUGAGGCCACCAGGCAGCAGUCUAAAGAGGAGUUUUACCGAAUAGCAGGAAUUCCUAAUGUCAUGGGAGUAGUGGACUGUGCACAUAUAGCCAUUAAAGCUCCCAAUGCAGAUGACUCUUCCUAUGUAAAUAAAAAAGGAUUUCACUCAAUCAAUUGCCAAUUAGUAUGUGAUGCCAGAGGACUGCUGCUGAGCGCUGAGACACAUUGGCCAGGUAGUCUGACAGAUAGAGCGGUCUUUAAGCAAUCCAGUGUGGCAAAGCUGUUUGAAGAGCAAGACAAUGAUGAAGGUUGGCUUUUAGGUGACAACCGUUACCCUUUGAAGAAGUGGCUGAUGACUCCAGUGCAGAGUCCAGAGUCCCCUGCUGAGUACCGCUAUAAUCUGGCCCACACGACGACGCAUGAGAUUGUGGACCGCACAUUCAGAGCCAUUCAGACACGUUUCCGGUGUCUGGAUGGGGCUAAAGGUUACCUGCAGUAUUCCCCGGAAAAAUGCUCCCAUAUAAUCCAGGCCUGCUGUGUGCUACAUAACAUUUCCCUGCAGUCUGGCCUUGAUGCCUGGACUUUUGAGAGGACUGAGGCCACGGACCAAUCAGGGGAGAAUAUCGAUCUCAAUGACCCCGUCGACCCAGAAGCUCUCAGAGUUCGACAGGAACUCAUCCAGAAUCAUUUCAGUUAGGAAAAUAUGUCAUUUAAUCAUAAUUUAACAUUUUACUUGUUCGAGACACCUCUUUCUUCUGUGGAAAACAAAAGAUGAUAUUUCAAAGUUCAAUUUAUUUCAUUGUAUGGUAAGUAAACAAAUAAAUAAAAACACUGGGAUGUUUCUCAAUAUAUUGUCUUAAUUUUCAACAUGAAAAGAGAAAAGUCAUAAAGUUUUAGAAUGACAAAGUGAAUGAUUAUGGCAUUUUUGGGUGAAUUAUCCCUUUAUGAGUGUGCUGUUUAUCACUCUAUUGGUCAUGUGAACACAAAAAAGUGCAAAGCUGGAGUUUAAAAAAAAUAGUAUUAAGCAAUGUACACUUAAUGUAAUUACAAGUAUUUAGCAAUGAUAAAUGAAAAUAGUGUAUUUUAUUACAAGUUAUUGUAAUUCUAAUAAAAAAGUAUAUAUAUUUUACUCAAAACUCAUAGACCUGUAAAAUGUUGACAUCAAUAAAUAACACAUCAACAGUA